CAAAUGUUCGCUGCUUGCUAUCCGAUUUGUAAGUUAUAUUCUGUUAAGCCUAAGCACGCUCUUCACCCUCUUGCAGUUAAUCUGGACCCAUUAGUACACAUUCGUGGAGUUUUUGAAGUAUUCAGAUAACAAAAAUUCAUCCACCACAUUGACAAAAGAAUACUUUUUUUGGUAACGUGUUAUGUAAAAACUUAAAGUUUAUGAGCAUGUCUUGUAAUUUUCUGCUCGCCGUUUCUCGAAAUCAGUGUAAAUCGACGACUGCUUCGUGACGUUUCAGGAAACUCUUCAAGGCAAAACUGCACACCAGUGAGAAGUUUGAUAUCCUCCUGCACGGAAUUAGCUCAGACGUGAUGACCCAGAUACUGGAUUAUGUUUAUUUUCGCGAGGUGGACAUCCGCUCAGACAACGCGUGUCAGCUGCUCGUGGCGGCUGCCUACUUGUGUAUUCCGGACGUUCGUAAACUCUGCUGCGACUUCCUCAAGAACGCGAUAAACGUCGAAAACUGUAUCGGCAUCAUGCAGUUGGCAAGGUUACACUUCUGCGCCGACCUUGAGACUACCGCUCGCCAGUUCGUUCUGUGCCACUUCGUGCAAGUGUCUCAGCAGAGCAAAGAACUGCUGGAACUGCCUCUAGAGGACCUGCAAGCGAUAAUCGAGGCCGACGAACUGGUCGUGGAGGACGAGAAAUUUGUGUGGAAGUGCAUUCUCCGGUGGAUCAACCACGACCCGAACAACAGGAAAGGUCACAUCGCGGGCCUUUUGAAGGGCGUCAGACUGGGACUACUGGACACAAAAAUUUUCAAAAAGGUGUCAAAGCACCCGUACGUGACGAAAAACGAGGAGUGCAGACCCGUGAUCUCGGAGACGCUCACAUUCCUGCACGACGUGAAAAGGUUGACGAAGGAAGACAAGGACUUCGUGACACCAAGGAUUGCCCGCCCGCGAAUUCGACAGGACCUUCUGUUUGCUAUUGGUGGUUUUCGCGGCGGAAGUCCGACAGAUGUGAUCGAAGCGUAUGACGCACGAGAAGACCGGUGGAGUGUGGUGGAGGGGGUCGACUCGAUCGAUCCGCGAUCCUUCCAUUGCACGGCAGUAGUCGGUUUCGACAUUUACAUCAUCGGUGGUUGCGACGACGGCUUCAAACAUUUAGACUCAUGCCGCUGCUUCAACGCUGUUACGAAGACAUGCCGAGAGGUGUCGAAUAUGCAUGAACGCAGAUCCGAUUUAAUGGUGGCAGUUCUGCGAGGCGCAGUGUACGCUAUGGGUGGUAAAGAUUAUCGUUGGAUUAAGAGAACGGCUGAAAGAUACGACUGCAAGACGAACCAGUGGUCUUUGAUCGCUCCCAUGAACAGAAGACGACGCGGUGCAAGUGCGGCUGUGCUGAAUGACAAAAUAUACGUCGCUGGUGGAUAUUAUGAUUACAAUUAUCUAAAAUCUGUGGAAGUUUAUGACCCGGACACCGACCGAUGGACGUUCGUUGCACCAAUGCUUUCUCAACGUAAGCAUUUUGCUUGCGUCGAGAUCCACGGCUGUCUGUACGCCCUAGGCGGACACAACCGGACAUCAUCCGAGCUCAGUACCGAAAAGUAUGACCCUGCAGAAGACACGUGGACCGAGAUCCCUGACAUGAACUUCUAUUCAUAUAAACUCGACGCAGAAGUGAUCGACGACACGAUCUUUGUCUUCGGUGGACAAUUUAAAGAGGACGUCCGCUUCCCCCAUAGCGCAUGUUACAAUGACGAGGAAAAUCGAAGGUAAAAGGUGACAAACAUGAUUGUUUGUAGAUCCUAUCUGUCGACUUGUGUCAUCAAGAACCUACCUAAUGCAAGCGAUUACGUCUACAAAGACAGAGACAAAUUAAUGAAAGAGAAACGUAAAAAAUUGUUGGAUUGGGAAUUUAACCAUCCUUCCACACACAAUAGUCCUUCUGCUGAUGUAGCCCCGGGUUCAAACCCAGUAGCUAGGCCGGCGUUGGUGCGGUUACAACGUUCGUUACUUCGUUGCGCGAAAAGGGCUAAAGGUUUUCUCAGGAUACCUUGAUAUAGGGUUAGUCGUCGGGCAAGGAUCUCUGACUCUCAGGGAAUAUACGAGGAAGGCCUUACUUCGAGCUGCGCUCGCGGGAAGACAGCGAAGUACUAGUUGAGCUGGUGCAAUUCUUGUUGUUGUUGUUGAAAUCAGUCAAUUUAUUCACGAAUUGAGACACACUGAUGCAAAGAUAUAAUUAUGUUGAUAUUUAGGCAGUGCAAUGAAUCGGCUGUUUAUAUACUGAAACUUUGCGAACAGAACACGUCUGCAACACUUUAGAGAGCGCCGCAACAACACAAGCGCGCUAUCACAGUAACUAUCCUUAAAUGUUCAUUUGAAUACGGCGAUCCGAUUUGUCGCCCAAAAUUACCCCAUAACACCGGAAACGCGCCGAAAAGCCAUAUUCGAAUUUCAUUGGUCCCAUUCGCAGUCAGGCGACUGUUCUAGGGCAAACGUCAUUCUAAAUCUGGAAAGGCUUAUAUUUUACGAGUGCGAAAGCUUUGUGAAUGUCACGCCGCCUGUAGGCGGAAGGUCUAGAAGAAAGACGUUCAAGCGACUGAUUGUCGCUAGUCUCUUCCAAUUUAAUACAUUAAACAUUGCCAAAAUUCAUAAAAUCAAUCACAUUUGGAUGAAGUAAGGCGUAUCAAAUAUCCUCUAAUCAAACCUCUUUCGUUUAUAUAAACCAGAUUAAUAUGCCAAAGGUUCAACCCGUAUGAACUUGGACUGGCACAGAAAAAUCAAUAGUUUGCAGUUGAUUACAACCACGACGAACACAUUAAUUUUAAUUACUUUCCUUACGAAAAUAAUGUAUAAAACUAGGAAUUGAUGUAGGAGCUACAAAAAAAUAAAGAAAAAUAU